GGCUUCCCCUCAAGGCCCUGAGGGUCACUGGGCCCCAGGAAAUGUUCAUCUGCGUCAAACAUGGAGACGGGCAGGAAUUUCUGGCCAACACCAACUGCUCCAUCCCGUUCCUGCUGCAGUAUGCCCGCCACAAGGUCGGGCUGCCCGACUCAGUGCCCAUCGACCUGUGUGACCAAGCCGGGACGCUGAAGCUGCUCUUCACGGCCAAGCUCCCGGGGGAGAGUGCCGCCAAAUACUUCCUGCCACGCGGCGUCUACUACGUGUGCCGGCUGGAGCGGGGAGCGCCGGGGUCCCGCAAUGAGAACGCCUAUCAAGCCAUCAUCCCCAUCCUCAAGGAGCCGGACCCCGGAUUACUGGAUGCCCUCCGUGCCCAGUGCGAUUACCUGGAGAAGAGUCGCCUAAAGCUACACCGCGGGCAGGAGAAGAGGAUCGCCGCCAUCGACUCCGCCAGCUGUCUUUCGACCAAAACCGUGGGCCGCGGGGGGCAGGCGGAGGAGGAGGCUGCAGGGAGGAGGGGGCUUCUCGUCGCCAAGGCCAAAUCCGAAACCAGCAACAAGAAGGAGAAACACCGCUAACCAAUAAACGCAACGCCCGCUCGACC